AUGGCUAACGCCAAACAAAAGUUGCCCACUCAUGUGCUGAUUCAAAUGAGGCAGGGGCCCGAAGAGAGCCUCCAAACAUACUUCAAGAGGUUCCAAGCCAUGAGAUUAGAGAUCAACGAUCCGGGGAGUGCAGUCUCCAUUUACACACUCGUUGCCGGUCUACAGAACAAUGAGUUGGCCGACUCGCUUGCUAAAAAGCUAGUCGCCAAUUAUGAGCAGUUGAUGGCUAAAGCUUACGGGUGUAUGGACAUGGAGGACGCCCGAGACUAUAAGGCGUCGGCUAGAUUUGUAGAAACUUCCACAUCCAUAACUUCAGCUACAACGACAAUACCGAUCAUCUCGUCGACUCUAGAAAUAGUACCGAUGGUGGCACCAAUGCCCGAGCUGGCCAGAAACUAUCCUGCAAGGAAGGAGUGGCCGAGAGACCUCCUACGGGAUCAAGACCACCUCACCAAUGAAUGUCGUAUCCUCAAGAGGGAUAUUAAAAACUUAAUAGAAAGAGGGUACUUGAAGAAUUUUGCCUCUCGGUGGGACUGUAGGGAAGCCAACUCGCCCAGAGCAGACAAGAGACCUCGUUCAUGGUUACCUCAUCCUCAACCGCAACAAGAUAGUCGACCCCCAGAGCUUUGUCACAAGGGGGUCAUCAACACAAUUAGUGACGGUCUCACUAUUGGAGGGUCAUCCAAUAAUGCCCGGAAGAGGUAUGCUAAGAGAGCGUUGCAGGUCGACCAGAAUAGCAAGAGAACGAAGGCGGAAGAGCUCAUAUCAUUUGGGGAUGCUGACAUGCAAGGCGUGGUGACACCUCAUGAUGAUCCUAUCGUCAUAUCCACAGCAAUUGAUGGCUAUCAGAAGAAACAGAUCAUGAUCAACACAGGGAGCUCAGUGGAUAUCCUGUAUGUCAGCACCUUCAAUCAGAUGGGCAUAGACAAAUCUCGUUUACUCCCCUAUAGAGGACCCCUUGUUGGAUUUACCAAACAUUCUCUCUUGCCAAAAGGGAUGAUUACUCUCCUACUGAUAGUCGGAGAGUACCCUAGGCAAGCCAUCUUCCAAGUCCAGUUCCUGGUGAUGGAUCUGAAGUCGGCCCACAAUGUCAUUCUAAGUCGGACUGCCCUCCACCUCUUGUGA